AUAACCUAACAUUUCAAAAUUAAUAGCAGUUCCAAAUACUUUUAAAAACAAUUUGGACAGCUGCGGCUUUGGCUGCGGCUCAGUGGAUGGCUUUGGGGCCGUCGGCUCGGCGGACGGUAGCUUUCCGGUCACGUCGCUCGAAAGGUCGGUUGGGCUGCACUUGAGUGGCUCGUGCGGGCUUCUCGACAUUCUUCCGUUGUUAGAAAGCUGAUGCCGCCAGGAUGUUUGGCUACGGCAGCUACUGUUGCGUAGUCUGGUGCGGAAACAAUGGGAGAACGCGCAAGAAGCCAGGAACAAAGUUCUUUCGAGUUCCACGAGACGACAGGUCAAAGGCACGACUGAGGUAUGCCAAAAGAGACGACCUUCUGCGAAAAUCGUCCAGUGAGCUGCAUGCGAAGUAUUUCGUCUGCAGCAGUCACUUCACAGCGCGUGACUUCAUGGACCCUGGGCGAACAAAGCUAAUGAAAACCGCUGUGCCUUCAGUUCGCCCAUCGACAUAUUCAGAUGCUGAGAGAGCUAAAGACGAAACUCUUCCAGACUUUAUGGAAGCGACAACCCCACCGUGCGGCGCAGACCCCAUGGAGGCUACAGCCUCCAGCUUCCGGCCCGAAGAACCCUCAACCGCUGCCCAUGACUCCAUGGAAGCGACACCCCCACCGUGCGGCGUAGACCCCAUAGAGGCUUCAGCCCCUUCAUGCGGUGCAGCCUCCAGCUUCCGGCCCAAAGAACCCUCAACCGCUGCCCAUGACUCCAUGGAAGCGACACCCCCACCGUGCGGCGUAGACCCCAUAGAGGCUUCAGCCCCAUCAUGCGGUGCAGCCUCCAGCUUCCGGCCCGAAGAACCCUCAACCGCUGCCCAUGACUCCAUGGGACCGACAACCCCACCGUGCGGCGCAGACCCCAUGGAGGCUACAGCUUCCGGCCCGAAGAACCUUCAACCGCUGCCCAUGACUCCAUGGAAGUGACACCCCCAGCGUGCAGCGUAGACCCCAUGGAGGCUUCAGCCCCAUCAUGCGGUGCAGCCUGCAGCUUCCGGCCCGAAGAACCCUCAACCGCUG